CAAUUGGUCACGAGAAUCAGACUGUCUCCACUACUCGACUGUAAGCUCCGUGAAGGCAAGGACCAUGCUCACCACUGCAGCCUCGGCGCCUGCUGUAGGCGAUCAAUGAGUAUUCGCUACAGCUGUAGAGGUUUGUGAAAACAAAAAUACCUGAUCUUUGAAGUUCUCACUAUUAAGCCCUAAUCUUUGAGGGUCAUUUUAAUAACCCCACUCCUGGAGCAACACCAGCGUGGGAAAAUUGGGACACACGCGCCAGGCACUAAGGAUAGCGGAGGAACACAGUCGACUCGCACGCACAGGCUCGAACCAGCGGAAGGCCAGGAGGACCCCUGAGCAGUCCCCGUGAUCACUUCCGAUGGCGUCUUGAGCAUGCGCAAGCACUUCCGGGUAGCAUGUGGCCGCAGGUGCGACUCCUCUGACCCCUCGACUGAGGCAGUGUGGGACUCACAGCGGAUAUUGCGGUAGCCCUGCGCCAAUGGCGUCUCAGUAUGACCGGGCAAUUACUGUCUUCUCCCCGGACGGACACCUACUCCAAGUGGAAUAUGCCCAGGAAGCGGUAAAGAAAGGAUCCACCGUGGUUGGAAUUCGAGGUGCUGAUAUAGUUGUGCUUGGGGUCGAAAAAAAAUCUGUUGCCAAGCUUCAAGAUGAAAGAAUUGUGAGGAAAAUUUGUGCCCUUGAUGACCAUGUCUGCAUGGCUUUUGCAGGACUGACUGCUGAUGCAAGAGUAGUAAUAAACAGAGCUCGUGUGGAGUGCCAGAGUCAUAAGCUUACAGUUGAGGACCCAGUCACUGUAGAAUAUAUAACUCGCUUCAUAGCAACCUUAAAGCAGAAAUAUACUCAAAGCAAUGGACGAAGACCUUUUGGUAUUUCUGCCUUAAUUGUAGGUUUUGACAAUGAUGGUAUCCCAAGAUUAUAUCAGACUGAUCCCUCUGGUACUUAUCAUGCUUGGAAGGCAAAUGCAAUAGGUCGAAGUGCUAAAACUGUCCGAGAAUUUCUAGAAAAGAAUUACACAGAAGAUGCUAUAGCAAACGACAGUGAAGCUAUCAAAUUAGCAAUAAGAGCUUUGCUGGAAGUUGUCCAAUCUGGUGGAAAAAACAUUGAACUUGCUAUAAUAGGAAGAAAGCAACCUUUGAAGAUGUUUAGUGCCAAAGAAAUUGAAUUACAAGUAAAUGAAACAGGAAAGAAAAAGGAAGAAGCAAAGAAGAAAAAAUCAAAGAAGACUGCCUAAUUCUUAGGAUAAACCCUGGGAGCUUUUAAUAUUUUGUUGUGCUCCUUAGAAUUAUUUAGUGAAAUUUUAAGGAAAUAAGUUAAUUUGCAACAUUACAUUUAGUAGUUACGUGUUGUUUUGAGAAUGCCAUAUUUGUGGCUGUCUUCAGUCUAUUACAUGGACAAACAUACAUUAGUAUGAAGAUUUUCUUUGAAAAGAGAGUUUAGUAAUUGUUGAAAGCAGUCAAGAUUUUACAUAAGCCCGAGACUAUAUAA